AUGUACCUAUAUCACAGCAACAAGUGCGCGAUCAAAAAAGGCAUACCAUUCUUCCGAAACGUAGUUAGUAUAUGCUUUUUGAGGAAGGUACAAAAUGGGGAUGCAGUAAAAAGGCGAAAGUUGUUUUGCAGCAGCAAGUUCAUUUCGACCAUUUCGGAAGAGCGUGAAGAAGGAUGUGGCCAAGAGAACACGAACCAGCCUUCCACCCCGUUUGGAAGUUACACUGAGAAAAGUAGCUAUAAAGACAUAAAGAUUGUAGAAAAUGAAAAGGACGGCAAUGACGCCGCUGAAGAAAUAAACCAAAACGACAUCAUUGCAGUAGAUUUUGAGGGGACGAAUUUGGGGAAGUAUGGAAAGGUAUGCAUAAUGCAGGUGUACACGGAGGAAAGAACCCUAGGAGGAACAUAUCCCAAAAGUGAGUGUUUAUCCCGUGAGAAGUACUACAUAUUCGACUUGCUAAAAAUGUCAGUCAUAAAAAGUGUUAAAAAAAUAAUCGAAAAUAAGAAAACACUAAAAUUGGUACACGAUUGCAGGGAAGAUAGCUCCGCCCUAUACAACCAGCUGGGAAUAAAAUUCGAAAACGUUUACGAUACGUCCAGGGCGCACAUGCUACUGAUGGAAAAGAACAGAAGUAAUGACAUAUAUCAAGUAAGCUUUCUCCAACUCUUGAACGAUUAUUUGGGGAUUAAGGAUGAGUGUUUAAGUAGCAUCAAAAAGGAAAUGUAUAAGAAUGAAAAAAUUUGGGAAGUUAGACCAUUAAGUAAAAUGUCUAUCAUUUAUGCCUUAAAAAAUGUGAAGUACUUAUUCCCCCUGUACAGAAUUUUCGAUAAUAUGAUUUCAAAGAAAAUCGUUUUGGAAAAAUCGAAAGAUUUUGUAAAUUACUGUUUUAUGAAUUCGCGCUAUAAAUUACCCGUCGAUUUGGCCAAACGGGGGAACAUUGUCCAAGCCAUGUUGGUAAGUAAGUCGAUGCUAAAUUGUGUUUUUAAACUAAAUAGUACACGGAAAGGAAUUGCAUGCACCCCAUCUUCCGUUGCGCAGUUUCGUGAUGUCAAAGUGGGCGAUGUUGUUCUGUGUGUGGUAAGCAACAAAUCCAUAGAUCAAAAGAUUUUAUAUUUGUGCAAGCAUGAUGAUGUGUACGAUUACUGGAAUUUGAAGGAAAGACCUAGGGGCAAAUUUAAGCCGUCAAUACAUGAGAAUGCCACCGACCCGAUGAUUCAGUUCUGCGAUGAGGAGGAACCAGCAUAG